AUGAAAUCAGACGACACUACCUGCUCCUCCUCCUCAUCAUCAUCACCCUCUGUCAACAGUCUCUAUGGCUCCUAUAGCGAUCACUUUCCCAUUCACUUCGACUCGAUUGUAUUGAAUGAUGAGGUGACGGCCAAGGUUCUUCGCAAUGCCCAAAAACGAAUGAACAAGUCAAGCAUUCUCCCGUAUUACGACAGUCUGCUGGCUACUUCCGAAGACAUUGGAGAAAUUGCCCACCACGAAGUUGUUCUGGACCGAAUGCUCGGCCAUGGCUCCUUUUCCUCCGUCUUUGCCAUCAAGAAAAUCCGUGGCCGGAAGGCUCACAAAUACGACGCUGAAUCCUUGGUAGUCAAAGUCCUCCGCCCCAAACUAUCCUUGAAACCAUCAUUAAUGGCUGCCUGUGCGGCUGACAUUGUCAUGGAAGGCAUGCUGCUAUCAACACUCAGUCAUAAAAAUAUCAUUUCCAUUAAGGCCACUUCUCCCAUGGGAAUUUGUUCCUUUGCCAAUGGAAGACACGACGCUUACUUUUUGGUCAUGGAAAAGUUGGAGGAAACACUGGAAGAUCGCAUCCAAAGGUGGCAAAGCCAAAAACACAAGACAUUGUUUCAUCACAAGCUAAAGGAUCAUCUCAUGUUGCAAGAGCAAAUUCAAGUUUUGACCCAAUUGGGCGAUGCGAUUCAACAUUUGCACAGCCAACGAAUUCUCUACCGAGAUGCCAAGCCCGCCAAUAUUGGGUUUGACAAAGACGGCGUUCUCAAAAUCUUUGACUUUGAUGUCGCCAAGAUCCUUCCCGAUUCCACGGAUCCAAAUGAGAUGUUCCAAUUGACCAAACGAACUGGAUCUCCUCGGUACAUGGCACCUGAAAUUGCCAAGGGCGAGCCAUACAAUCUCAAGGCGGAUGUCUACUCCUAUUCCUUGAUUUGCCACGAAGUCAUGACCCUGAAGAAACCUUUUGGAACCAUUGCUUCGGCCAAGCACGAUCAAGCCGUCUUUUACGAUGGAGUCCGACCCGAGGUGCUAAAAUCGUGGCCGCGCGGAUUUGUCAACUUGUUGAAGCGAUCUUGGUCGACCGAUGUCGUUGGACGACCCACGAUGGAAGAGGCCAUUAAGAUUCUGCAAACGGAGUUCACCAUUAUGCUCACCAUCAAGACUCCAAGCCGCAAGGUGUUUAACAUCCGGCGUCCCAAGACCGCUCCCAUUUUUGUCGCAUAA